UAGUUACAUCAUGAUUCAUAAAGCAAAGAGAUUUUGAAUUUUGAAACUCUCUCUCUCUCUCUGGAGGAGUCAGGCCUGCCAAGUUGCCAAGAAAAAGAGGUAAUAAAGAAAUGGAGUAAAGAAAAAGGAGCACAUUGCCAUCUCUAUCUUCUCCAUCUUUGGAUCAGAAAUUGGAGCAAAAGCAGCUGCAGGGUCCUCCACAUUAUUCUCAUCAACCCAAAUGAAACUUCUUCUUCCUCCUUCUCCUCCUCUUUCUUCCUUUCCCAUCUCAUUAUUCUUCACCUGGACCUGCAUUAUCUGUUCAUGCAAGAUCCAAGUAACUCACAAGCAAGGGGUUUUAUGGUUUUCGGUCCAUUUCAUUAACAUCACUUUGGGUCUUGUCCAUCUAAUCUACUUACAAAGAUGCGGUCCAACUCAAUUAAAAAUUCUGCCACAUAGACUAUUUACAUCCAACAGGAUCUUCUCGGGAUCCUUUUGGAAUAAGCCUUGGUAUCAAAGAGCAAUGGAGAUGGGCAGUUUGUGGAGAAGCAUCAGCAAUACUUCCAAGUCCACACAAGUUCCAGCAUCAACUUCAUCCACGCUAUGGAAAACCAUUGUUAAUGUUAGGAGUGGGCACUUGGAACCGAAAACCGAAACCGAAACACGAAACAAACCAAGCACGCCUAAUGUCCAAAGUGGUGGCAGUAGUACUGCUACUGGAACAAACAAUCACACUUUUUCUGCAGCUUCCAGUUCGAGUUCGAGUUCGAGUUCCAGUAACAAUAAUAUUAGACAUGCCAACAAACUGCGAAAAUGUACCUCUCUAAAGGUUGCCACUUCAUUUACAAGGGUGUGCCUUUGUGCACCAAUAUCUUCCUACAAUGAGGUUUUCAGAGCCGAGCUUCCCCCAAGAAGAAGCAAUAGUUACCCGAGAACGCGAUCGUAUUCCAAGCCACUUGGUACAACUAGUAGCAGUACUACUGCACAAGCACCACAACAAGCAAUGAGCGCAAGACGACUUAGUACCGACCAAGGAAUCAGAAGAGUGUUUCGAGGAAAGUCAUUGACCGACGACGUGUUGAUGAGAAGGUUUGUUGUAGAAGAAGAGGCAAUGAUGCAAGUUAGAAGGAGAAAUCAAAUGGAAGUCAUAAGGAGGAGAAGUGUGAUGAGGAGGAAGAGGCUUGGCCCCAGUCCUCUUAGUAGAAUGGUUAUGGCUCAGGUUCAGGAGGAGGAUUAAAACAUUUUCAACUUUCCCCUCAUUGUCUUUUUUCUCUUAAUUAUUAUUUGUGGUCAAAGGGAGAACUGCCACACUCUCUUUCUCUAACACAUCUUUUUCAAGAAUUAUGAUCUGAAGAACUUCAACUUGUUUGACCAUUGGUCUGGAAUUCGUCACCUUGAAAUCUAGAAUUUUUUCGAGAACGGAC